AUGGUGAAGCUACUUGCGUGCUCGAGAUGCAAGAGUCUCUAUUAUUGCUCUCGAGAGUGUCAAAAGGCAGACUGGCCGUUGCACAAGAACAUCAUAAAUAUGAACCAACACAUCGAACGGCUCUCCCUCACGGAUCCAUCUGCAGCACAGAAGGCGAAACACUGGCUUGAAUGGCAGAUGUCCAUUGACAGCUGGGCCUACGCUAGCGCACUGCGGUUGCAGAAAAACCCUGGCCGGGCGCACACACACCUCGUCCUCGAGAAGUCAGUGUACACUCCCGACGCGGGCCCGCUGGCCACAGACAAGUUCACGAUCGUCGGAUGCACCGUACUCCGCAUAGCGGACAUGCUCGGCCAUAUCGAGCUCGGUAUGAAGCUCGGUCCCGGCGAGGGCGCGGGAUUGUGCAUGAGUGUGCUGCAGGACAGGCGUGAAGUAGGACCUGGAAAUCCGCUCAUCCCAUUCCUGAUUAUCAGACUCGACGGAGGAAUCGUCAACAUGUCGCUCGGUCGUGGUCUGCAUUCCUUGCUAACCUAUUGCUCAACGUACGCUCACCCGCUCCUCGUGGUAGGUUUCGUGGCGACCAAACAGCUCGAAGAGACAGAGUAUAACCCGAACUGGCGUCAAGACGUAAAUAAGGCCCGCCCUCCUCCUCCCAAGUUCCAGUAUCGCAACUGCAGGGACGCGGAAUUCGACUGA